AUGUCUACGUUUGGAAAUAUAUUCCGUGUGACCACAUACGGAGAAUCUCAUUGUAAAUCAGUCGGAUGCAUCGUUGACGGAUGUCCACCGGGAUUAGCAUUGACAGAAGAUGAUAUUCAACCUCAAUUAAGUAGAAGAAGACCAGGACAAUCCAAGUUAUCUACGCCUAGAAACGAAAAAGAUCAGGUCCACAUUCAAUCAGGUACCGAAAAUGGACUUACUUUAGGAUCACCUAUCGGGAUGUUGGUGCAAAACGAAGACCACAGACCUCACGAUUACUCGGAAACCGACUUAUACCCAAGACCAUCGCACGCGGACUGGACAUACAUACAAAAGUACGGUGUCAAGUCUACGUCUGGGGGAGGUAGAUCUUCAGCUAGAGAAACUGUUGGUAGAGUGGCUGCAGGUGCCAUCGCAGAAAAGAUAUUGACAAAGGCCAACAAUGUUGAAAUUGUUGCAUUUGUGUCGAGUAUCGGGGAAAUUGAGAUGAACAGAAGCCCACAAGAUGCUACGUUCCAAAAUAUCUUGAACACGAUAACCAGAGAAGAGGUGGACGAAGUAGGACCCAUUAGAUGUCCGGAUGCGUCCGUUAGAGAUGAAAUGGUGAAGGUGAUUGAAAAAUACAGAGACAAUAAGGACUCGAUUGGUGGUGUUGUAACAUGUGUUGUGAGAAACUGUCCUAUCGGUUUAGGUGAGCCAUGUUUUGACAAAUUAGAAGCCCAGUUAGCCCAUGCGAUGUUAUCAUUGCCAGCUACCAAGGGUUUUGAGUUCGGUUCCGGUUUCUUGGGUACCAAGAUUCCUGGAUCUGUUCAUAACGAUCCAUUUAUCUCCGAUGGAACUUCAAACAAAUUGAGAACCGUCACAAAUAACUCCGGUGGUAUCCAGGGUGGUAUCUCCAAUGGUGAGAACAUCUACUUUUCAGUGGCAUUCAAGUCUGCAGCCACCAUUUCGCAAGAACAAUACACCUCCACCUAUGAUGGUGAAAAGGGUGUCUUGGCUGCCAGAGGAAGACAUGACCCUAGUGUCACCCCAAGAGCUGUUCCAAUUGUCGAAGCUAUGACUGCUUUGGUUUUGGUGGACCAAUUGUUGACUCAAAAAGCAAGAGAAUACGGUAGAAAUAUUGUCAGUAACUAA